AUUUCCGGAAAAACAAUGGCUGCAAACGAGCAAAAAGUGUCAACGGGGAGCGAUGGAAGAAGAAAAUGGGACAAAGAAGAGUUUGAGCGGCUGGCCCGAGAGAGAAUUGCAGAGGAGAUUGAUGACUUAGAUAAAGACAGAGAGGUUCCUGUAAAAAGAGAGCUUCUGAAACCCAGAGACUACAGGGUUGAUUUAGAGUCGUCACUGGGAAAGUCCCAUGUCAUCACCAAGACAACGCCAUCCUCACAGCAGGGAGGAUAUUACUGUAAUGUGUGUGACUGUGUUGUCAAAGACUCUAUCAACUUUCUGGACCAUAUCAAUGGAAAGAAACAUCAGAGAAAUCUGGGUAUGUCCAUGAGGAUAGAGCGAUCUUCAUUAGACCAGGUGAAGAAAAGGUUUGAAAUAAAUAAGAAGAAAAUGGAAGAAAAGAAAAAGGAAUAUGACUUUGAAGAGAGAAUGAAAGAACUAAGAGAAGAGGAGGAAAAGCAGAAAGCAUACAAGAAGGAAAAGAGGAAGGAUAGAAAGCGUAAAGCUGACAGUGAUAUAGAUGGGGGAGAGAUGGACCCUGACAUGGCUGCUGUCAUGGGCUUCUCAGGGUUUGGGUCAUCCAAAAAGUCCUGAGACUUGUUACAGACAGUGACUGAUACUUCCACACUACAGUGUGACUCAUCUUCUGUCAUAAUGAUCACUUAGAGAAGUGCUGUGGACUGCAGGGACUUCUCUGAGGGACACAUUUCAGAAGAUGGUAUUGUACAGUGUUGGAGCAGAGGAAAGACUGAGGGAGCAUGAGGUGUGGUCUUAUCUGCUGUUUGGCAAGCCUUGCUAAAGCAUCAACCGUAUUUGGAAUAAAAUGGUGGAUUUUUGUUUCCAUUAAUUCUCUCAUCCUGGUAGUGAAAUGCAUUCAAAAUAGGGCCCAAGAUGUUCAUGUGGAACAAAGGAUUAAUUUAUCUCCCUUUCAUUUAACUAACAGGCAUCAUUACAAGUUGACUGUCCGCUGAGUGAACUACAUCAAGUCGACAAGAGUUGGAGAGUGUCAGAUAACAUCCAUGUUAAAAUAGUUUUAGAAUGUCUCAAUUUCCUUUGUGUAAAUAAAAAGUGUAUAAUCGUGCAAAAAAAAAAAAUUAAUUGGCCUUUAUACAUGUAGUUGAGUGGUUUAUUAGUUAGGUCACACCAUUUUAACUUUUUGUUUUACGAGGCAGAAUGAAUCUUUUUUUCGAUGGAGGGUAUAAAAAUAAAAAGUGAAAAAUCAUUUUAUUCGUGGGUAAGGUGGGCUGUGCAAACACAAUA